UCUCUUUAAAGCUAAAAACAAAGGCACAACAUUUCUUUGACUCUCUCUCUCUCUCACUCAUUUUAAUACUAAGGCACACAACAAUAAAGAGUAAGUUUCUUCUUUUCUUUUCUUUUCUUUUUUACUUCCUCUGCAUGAAACAGAGUGCUCUGCUUCACUUUCCACUAAUAUUACAAUGAAGUACAUAAGAACCAACAGCUUGAAAAGACUUUUCUCCCUGAAAAGACGUGUUCUUGAAGAAGGACUCGCCAUUGAAGACCAAAAAGAAAGCAGUGUUGUUCAAGGAUCAGGGCACUCGCCUCGACCUGCUUGGAGAUGUUUCUCUUAUGAAGAAAUUUCUCAAGCAACAAAUGCCUUUAGUCCAGACAACUUGGUCGGAAAAGGAGGGUAUGCAGAGGUUUACAAAGGAGAGUUAGAAGAUGGAGAGAAGAUUGCUGUAAAAAGGCUAACAAAAGCUUGUAAUGAUGAGAGGAAAGAGAAGGAGUUCCUUACAGAAAUUGGGACAAUUGGCCAUGUCUGUCACCCCAAUGUGUUGUCUUUGUUAGGUUGUUGCAUUGACAGUGGCCUUUAUCUCAUCUUCCACUUUUCCUCUAAAGGCUCUGUUGCUUCCCUUCUUCAUGAUGAGGAUUUUCCUGUAAUGGAUUGGAAGAUAAGAUACAAGAUUGCCAUUGGUACUGCUAAAGGACUUCAUUACUUGCACAAGGGAUGUCAAAGAAGGAUUAUUCACAGAGACAUUAAAUCUUCAAAUAUUUUGUUGACAGCAGAUUUUGAACCACUGAUAUCAGAUUUUGGGUUGGCAAAAUGGCUUCCAUCUCAAUGGACUCACCAUUCCAUAGCUCCAAUUGAAGGAACAUUUGGGCACUUAGCACCUGAGUACUAUAUGCAUGGGAUAGUGGAUGAGAAAACAGACGUGUUUGCAUUUGGAGUAUUUCUGCUAGAAAUCAUUUCUGGCAGGAAGCCAGUUGAUGGGUCUCACCAAAGCAUACACAACUGGGCUAAGCCAAUACUCAACCAAGGAGAGAUUGAAAAGCUAAUAGAUCCAAGGCUUGGAGGGGCCUAUGAUGCUAUCCAGCUGAGAAGACUUGGCUUUGCUGCAUCCCUUUGUAUCCGGGCAUCUCCUACGUGGCGCCCUACCAUGAGUGAGGUUCUGGAAGUGAUGCAAGAGGGUGAAACCGAUAAGGAAAGGUGGAAGAUGCCAAAGGAAGAGGAGCAAGAAGAGUUCUGGGGAUUUGAAGAUUUAGAAUAUGAAUGUGAUGAUAGCUCCUUCUCAAUUUCUCCACAAGAUUCAGUCUCUACAAGGAGUUUUCUGACCAUCAUGCAUUAGGGUUCAAUCAUAUUAUAACAAUCCUGUAAAUUAUUUAAAAAAGAAAAGAAGAAAAGAAACAGCAAAUAAGAAAAUGAUCAUAAUGCCAUUAUUAGUUGCGGAAGUAAAUACUAACCAUUUUUUCCUUGUUUGAUUUUUCUUGGUUGCUUUUAGUGUAUAGUUUCCUACAGUUAGAUGAGUGAUAUUUAAAGAGUAGUCAUAAUAUUUUAAAUAUCUGUCAGCUGUCUCAUUAUACAAGUGUAGAACUCUCAAAUAUAUGUAUCAUCCAUGCAAUGAUUUUGGGUGCAGUAAACUAGAGGUAUCUAAGACUUCUCUUUUCUUU